CGGUUUGGUGUUAUCGUUUUCUUCAAUUCCAGUCAACACUUCUCCAAUAUAUAAAGAGCCAGAAAGAUCCACACGCACUAUCACACCGUCGGAAACGCGCAGAUGGGAGUUGCACAGAGAGACAUCGAUGAUCUCCCCAAGAACCCUGCUAACUACGCCCCGCUCACGCCGCUCACCUUUCUGGAGCGGGCCGCCCUCGUCCACCCGACCCGGAAAUCCAUCAUCCAUGGCUCCAUCACCUACACGUGGCAGCAGACUUACCGUCGAUGCCGCCAGCUCGCCUCCGCCCUCGCCACCCGCGGCGUCACCUUUGGCAGCACUGUCGCAGUUAUUGCGCCAAACAUUCCAGCCAUGUACGAAGCCCAUUUCGGGAUUCCAAUGUCCGGUGCUGUACUGAACGCCGUUAAUGUUCGUCUAAACGCGCAGACCAUAGCUUUUCUUCUCGGACAUUCACAAUCUGCAGUCAUUAUGGUUGAUCAAGAGUUUUUCACUUUAGCCGAGGAAUCUCUGAAAAUUAUAGCAGAUACGCAGAAAGAAAAAUUCAAGGCUCCGAUCCUGAUUGUGAUUGCAGAUGAGAACUGCGACCCUAAGUCACUGCAUUAUGCGCUAGGAAGAGGAGCCAUCGAGUACGAGAAGUUUAUGGAAACUGGCGACGCAAACUUUGAGUGGAGGCCACCACAAGACGAGUGGCAAAGCAUCACCUUGGGUUAUACCUCAGGCACGACGGCUAGUCCUAAGGGAGUCGUGCUGCACCACCGUGGGGCAUAUCUCAUGGCUCUGAGCAACCCCGUUGUGUGGGGAAUGCAAGAAGGUGCUGUUUAUCUUUGGACUCUACCGAUGUUCCAUUGCAACGGUUGGUGCUUCACCUGGAGUCUCGCAGCACUUUGUGGGACGAGCAUAUGCCUUAGACAGGUCACAGCAAAAGGUGUCUACUCGGCUAUAGCGAAUCUUGGUGUGACUCAUUUUUGUGCUGCACCUGUGGUUCUCAACACCAUCGUGAACGCCCCAAAAAGCGAGACGAUCCUCCCCCUCCCUCGUACGGUCCAUGUGAUGACGGCUGGUGCUGCUCCGCCUCCUUCGGUUCUCUUUGCAAUGUCGCAACAAGGCUUCCGUGUCACUCACACUUAUAUGUUUGAGAUAAUUUUGGACAACGUAACAUUUGGGUAAUGGAUAAUGUUGAUCGUGGUUGGAAUAA